AUGUACCUCCUCGUCCUUGUCAUCAACAUUAUCGCAGUAUUCGCACGACCUACCUCUAGAAAAUUUCACGGCGUCCGACUAUCCUCUGUUCUUGAUGGGAAAUGUCUCGCCGCCCCCCUUCCUCUCACACCGGGAGGAGGAGUUUCAACGGUGGAAUGUAACGUUACCAGUAGCAAGUGGCAAUUGAAGUGGGAUUUUGCAGGAGAAGAACAACAGAUGAAUGUGUUUGUUAAUGGUCAUUCUACUUGGGUGUUGACCGCAGGGAACCUGUAUCAAUACGGAGGUGAUCAGAUUUAUGUACAUCCCCCGAACACCACCCUCUCACGUCAACAAAAUUGGUGGGUCUCUCCGGGUGGUCAGAUGGCGCUCUACAACACCGGUUUGUGUAUGUAUGAAGAGGCCGAAGGGAUCCCAUUGGGACCCGUAACGGGGGUUUGUAAUCCUGGUCAAGUCCGAGAGAAGUCUGAUAUAUACGGGACGGACAAUGGAGGUGAUAUCCCACAUGAGAGGUAA